GUUGGUUGCAAGAUAAGGGGCAGAAAGUUGGACGAAUUACUGUAUACGUCCGCCCUCAACCCCUGACCUCUGGAUGGGACAGAAUGUGGUCCACACGGAAAUUCUGAGGCGAUGUCGAUUUUAGUUCCUUCUAACGACAAGUUAGACAACUAAACGUUAACCCACCAUGCCUAAGGAGAAGCGGCGUAGAAACAGACGCCGCCGGCCCAAGGUGCCGCGCAAGUACAAACGGCAACAACGGUCAUCCUCCGGCAGUUCGACAGACAGGAAGCAGCAGCGGAGAGUGGACGCUGUGAUCAGCCAGGCCGCCCCGAUCAUAGCCACCACUAUUCUGGCCUCCCAGGGACACUUUACUGAAGCCGGGGGUAGUGGUGGGCCGCAGCCGUCUACCAGCGGGGCCACAAGUUCAAGUGCCUGCAAUGUGCCAAAGGUGUGCCCCAAGCCAGCCCUGCUGAACUGUCUACAGAAGGUGGGGGCAACAGGGACGUGUUUCACCAGGAAACAGGUAUUGAACUACUUGAUACAGUACAUGGGUGAGCGCAUGUUGUACGACCAGAAUAACCCUCGAGUGAUCAACUGCAAAGAUGAUGAGCUGGGGAAGGCCUUGGGAGUGCCACAGUUUACCAUAUACAAUGUCAAGGAGGUGCUAGCAGCAAAUUGUGUGCCCGUGACUUCCCCACAAGUAAUACAAGCUGACACCAUACCAACGGCCUCCCAAGCAAAAGUACAUUACACAUUGCAACAUUCUGUUGCAGAGGGCAGAGAGCCAUCCGUUAAACCCAAGACACAGCAAGCAGAAUGCCAGGAUGAGGCCAUGCCAGGACCUUCCACCGUGCCACAGAAAGCUAAAGAGAAGAGAAAACACAGGAGGAGAAACAAGCUGAGUGAAUCUGAAAAAUCAACAAGUUCGACUGGAUCCUCCACCAGGAGAAGACGACACUCCUCCUCUCUCAGUCUCAGUCAGACACUGCAGCUGGACGAGGAAGGACCCAAGGGGCUGCCCUGGUUUUACUUCGUCAAGUGCCCGAAGGAGAGUGAAAAAAGGAGUUCAGGUUCCUGCACUGAGAGAUGGAGCAUAGAUGGCUACUCCACUGCAUAUGUAGCUGACUCCUCUGAUGACCUGUGGUUCCUGGAGGAGGAUUCAGACAGGGAGGAGGUACCGGUGAUAGACUGGGAGUUUGAGCUGGACUCAGACUCCAGCGAACCCUACAACGAUGAUGAUGAUGAAGAGGAUUCCAACAUGGAUGGAGAGGAAGAGGAGUACUAUGUUGAGAUGAUCAGGUGCUCUGACAAUGACUCCUGUAUGGCUGAUGAGUCUGAAGAAAGUACAGAUGAAGAGAUCACAGAUAAGGACAAAUGGAAAUGUGACAAGUGUCCGAUGCGGAACAGUCCGUACCAGCGCUACUGUUCUCACUGCUGGGCCCUGCGGAAGGACUGGUUCCCUGAAGUUCACAACUCCAGCCAGAAAAGCACUCUCCAGCGUUCCAAUUCCUGUCCAGAAGCUCAGUCCACGGAAAACGACGGUGCAGGGGAACCCUCGCCUGGUGUCGUGUCCCCGCCGGAGCGUACCAUCAGCACCGACAGUGCCUUCUCUUCCCUCGGGAGCAGUUCCCAGGAGGUUAACAGCACGCCUGGCGCCACGGGCGUGAGUCAGGACCACGUGGGGACUGUAGUCAUGGAGCCCUGUAUGAUCUGUCUCAGUAGACCCAAGGUGGCCAGUAUGGUCCACGGGAGGACCGCACAUCUCGUCUGUUGUUACACCUGCGCCAAGAAGCUCUACAAGCGCGGGAAACCGUGUCCCGUGUGCCGGAGACCCAUCCAGAUGGUUGUCAAGACUUUCUUUGCGUAGCGCCGUCAAACUGGUUGUUUUGAUAUAUGCACAAAUGUGAAGGUCAGCGUAUAUGCUGAGAGCUUGGCUUGAUGCUUUGAAAAGAGAAACGCACAAGGCAUCUUUAACAACAUAUCAUGAAGAACUUGUGUUGGGAAAUGUGUGUCAAAGAACAGUUGAAGGCUUUAUGGUAAAUUUGUCUAUUUUUACAGGGACGUUAUUUUGCUGCUUGAGAGGUAAUGGAGGGAUUUGUUAUUAGUUUGUGGUUGAGAUGUAGUAACACUGCAAGACAGCACACAUUCACAGCAAAUAUGCAGCAAAUGAGUACAUUUACAGUUUGUCAAAGCUCUGUUGUAUGCAGCAUUCUAAGAUGUUUCUGAAAGCUGCUAGCCCAAAAGAAUGACACUCCUCUCUUUCACAAUGAAGAUUCCAUACUGUAGCCUGGAUACCAGCCUCCUUAGGGUUACGUUGUGAGCUAUGGAGUCAACUUGAGCCUAAACAGGAUGGCACCCAGGCCACAUCUACUACAUGUACAAGCUCAGCUGCAUUUAUUAACAAUUUAGCCAAGACACCAUCUUCCCAUCUGUUCUUCUUACUGGCAGCUAUGCAGAGUUGUGUAAGGUAAAUAUUAACAUAAUACAUGUAUGUUAGCAUCAUAUUGAUGUCUAAAACUUUGAAUUGAAUAAGUUACUGUCCAAGUGUCUACAUAUAGAAGGCACACAAAUUUGUCAUUUCAUGAUGUAUUAUAUUGUCAUUGUAACUUGUUGCAAAAUUAUCGUCUGUUGUAAAUAGCAUAUUGUCAUUAUGGUUUAUUUGUGAAUUUGAAUCUUGUGGUGAGUAUGACGUAGGUAUUCACUCUCAUUGUAAUGUUAGAAAGAGGUUGGUAAGGUAGCGUUACAUACAGUUUACAGUUCAAAGUAUUUACAAUGGGCUACUCAACUCUGAAAACAGAUAUAAUUUUGAAAACUUGCAUUCAGUGAAAAGAAUUGUUCUGUUGUGACAAACUUGAGCUGUUAUAAGUACAGUUGAAGCGAUUACUUUGUUUCAGAUGUUGUGUUCAGCUGAAUGGACAAUACUUGUGAUCGCUUGCUUGCAGCAUUGAAUUAACGAUACUGCUUAUCCUGUGUGUUUCCGAACAACAGUAAGCACUACUGUAUGUUUGUGUUCUUUCAUUUCGUUCACAUUAUGUUUUCCUUGCCAGGUUUUGAAUUGUUAUGGUUUGGUUUGGUUGGAGUUGCAUAUUGAAACUCUCUGACUUUUCAGUGAUGUAUCACUAGAUGUACAUGUACCUAUUGGAAUGUAUUUCAUAGACUUGAAUGAGAAAUAUUAGUGACGUACAGCUCCUGAUGUAAGCUAUUAAUUUGUUAUCCAUAAAAAAUGCAUUGUAAACACUUAUAUUUGGUUGAAUAUGUUACACAUUUCAAUGUUACUAUUAGAUCUAUGUCAUAGGGCUAUUUUAUGGAUGCAUUAAUUUCUAAGGAUUGGAAUUUCUUCACAGAUUUUGAAUUGAAGGUUACAGCCAUGUUGCAAAGAAUGUAUUCUGUAGAUUCUAUCUUCCACAGAAAGCAACUGGGUGUAUCUUGCAACUCAGGUAAGUUGAAAGUUAACCUUCUUAUGCAGAAAAUGUGACAAAGUCAUAUUACAGUUUCUGGCUAAUUCUGUUCAGCUUUUUGAAAGUUUGGCUAGAGUUUUGGCCCUCUUUUCAGUUUGGACCUGAGAGAGACAUUGGAACUUUUGACUUGAGACUUUUGUUUUGGAACCAGCAAUGAAUGCUGAGAAAUUUCUGGAAUAUGUUUUGUUACCGAGGACAUUUGAUUGUAUUCUUGAAAUAAACACAUAAUAUAUUUAACAAUGAAGAUUGAACACUGCUUCCUAUGGAAGUACAAAUGUAAAUGCAAUGUUAUGUUAUGUUAUG